AGACACUUCCACCCCCUUCUGUGUCCCCUCCCCUCUCCCCACUGAGCGAUAAAGGUGCUCGGGCGGCAGGACUGGCAGUCUUAACCCUCCGGUGCAUGGCCCGGCUGACGGCGGCGUCCUUCUUUCUGCGCUUCGUAGCUCUCCUUCCUGGUGCGCCCGGCUUCCUUUCCUUGCGCGCAGCAUGAGCGCGGCCACACAGUCAGUCGUGCAGCCCGGCGGCGGCGAGCGUGAGCCGCUGCCGCCGGGCUGGGAGGUGAAGAUAGACCCGCAGACCGGCUGGCCUUUCUUUGUGGAUCAUAACAACCGCACCACCACCUGGAACGACCCGCGCCUGCAGGGGGACUACCUGAAGGAAAGCCAGUCAUCCGCAAAUGGCCCAUCUCGAAACAGUCCAAACCAGUCCCAAAUCACACAAGGGAAUAUUAUAUAUCCAAAGCUUCGCCCUGGUUACAUCCCCAUUCCAGUCAUCCAUGAAGGUGCAGAGAACAGGCAUCAGUAUUCCUACUAUCCUGGGCACCAGCCUGACAUGCAGCGUGUCAAGGCGGACACCAUUCCGACAACAAUGCGGGCUCCAUCACCUCUGAGAGGAAGUUUUGCCCGUCCACAGUCUCCUGCUCGGGGACUUGCAGAAGCUGCCCAAGUAGAUAAACAAGGCGGACAGACAACAGCAGCUGCACCAGCCCAAGUACCCUCCCCUCAUGGAUCUGAGCCUCCAUCACCUGCAUCUCCUGAAUCAUCAACUAUUUCUUCACCGACCUCAGCCAGGCCCAGCUCAGGAAGUCAUCAGCUCCCUCGUGGAUAUAUUCCUAUCCCUGUGAUCCAUGAGGAAAAUCCAAGACAACCAUCACAAGUCUAUCAUCAGGCACAGAAGACCCACUACCCAGCUCAGCAGAGUGAUUACCAUGCUCACUCACCAGUGUACCAUCAAAUUCAGGGUGAUGACCGGGAUCAGAGGCCACAAAGGGCACAGUCACCAUUCAAGGUGUCACAAAGAGGUUCAACAAGUCGUGAAAGCUCACCAGCCAGAAUCCAGCCCCAACCUCCCAUUAGAAUACAGACUGUCAAACCUCAGGCUGCUCAGCAACAAAUGCCAACUCCAGGAUCACCACCAAGCCUACCGCCUGAGAUCAAGCUGGAUAACAAGGCAGGCUCACCUGGAACAGAGGCUCCUGCUUCCUACAUCCCCAUUCAAGUGGUUCGUACUGAUGCUGAUACAAAGGCACCUCCCCAGAAACCACCUUCCCCAGCAGAGAAUGUUGAUAAAAAGAUUCCUUGCCCUGUUAAAGCUGUUCCUUUAGAAGAAAGGCAUAUCCCACAAGAAUCCGAAGCACAGAAACCUUCAGAGGCAGAAGAACUUCCCAAGCACCCAGGAGUUUUGAAAGUUGAAGCUAUUCUGAAUAAUGUGCAGUCACUGGAACAGGCAGUUAAUUCCUUUGAGGGUAAGAAAAAUGACAAAAAGUACCUGAUGAUAGAAGAGUAUUUGACCAAAGAGUUGCUUGCCUUAGACUCUGUUGAUCCUGAGGGUCGUGCAGAUGUUCGGCAGGCCAGAAGAGACGGUGUAAGAAAAGUCCAGAAUAUACUGGAAAGACUUGAACAGAAAGCAGAAGAUGUCCCAGAGUCUGUACAAGUGGAUGGGUCAUCUUUGCCUGAAAACCAUCUACGGGAAAAAAUGGAUAUUGAUUCUGUGGUGGAAAACACUGCUAAGGAUGUAAAUAACAAGAAUGCCAAAGAGCAGAUUAAAAUGGAAAUACAUCAUCCUGAGUCUAAGGAAAAAGUAGUUACCAGUCUUGCCAAAGAAACAAAUACAUCUGAAAAUGUGACUGAACCAUAGCCACAAGUGAACAUUAAAGUCCUCAGACUCUUAAAGUGUGUGUUAAGUGAUUUUUAACUUGCAUGCAUUACAGGCGGCUUUGCACCAAUUGGUUUUUAAUAAACAUAGCAGCUUGGGACACUGUAAACAUUCAAGUGGGGUAGAUAAGGGGAGGUCAUAAGAAAUGUAUUUAUCCUAUAUUCUGUACACUGCUCAGUUGUAAAAUGGAUGUUUCCAAAUAAAAAAUGUAUUGGGUUAACACUGGCAAAUUCAAUCGUUACCCAGCCACAUCAGGGAAAAAAAACAGAUUUCUCUUUACUUUCCCAUUAAAAUUUCAUUAGUCACUUUAAGUAAUGACACUUGAAAAGUAUGUUUAAAAUCAUAGGGGUAUUUAUAUGUGUUCAGAAUUUCAGUGCUAUAUUUUAAAUGGGGGAAAAAUAAAACAAUACUGUAGAAA